AUGUGGGCACCUCAUGUUUGCCUGCUGAGCACUCUACUGGUCAUUGCAAUGGAGCUGGUAAUUGUGCAUGGCAAAAUUAAAGUUAUAUUGGAGUCGGUGGAAACGGAGAGUGAUCACGAUUUUGUGGAAUACUUUCGACCAGUUCCGCAGACAACUUUACAUACAUUUCGAGUUGUUAAGCUGGCUCCAUCAUUUUCUUUAAGCAUUGUAAUGCGGGCCAUGAAAUCCCAAAGAAUAAUGUACAAGAUCGCCGAUUUGGAUGGCUGUCAGUUCGUGAACAAUCCAUUGUUAAACAAGGCAUUGGCACCCACUUACCACACCUUGGUCGUGAACAACAGCUUCUUCAAGUGCCCCAUUCAACCGAAGGUAUACUUUUUGAAGAAUGUAUCCAAAGCCUUCAUAGUGCCCACAAUUCAUCCACUUGGACACUAUCAGCUAACUGUGCAAGUCAGAAUGUCACUGAGUCCUGCGCCCUUUGUCAUGCAGGUUCAGUGGAAGUACAGAGUCUUAAAAUGAGCGUUAAACA